CAUCUCAUAAGCCCACAAAGGAAAAAAUAAAAUAUUUUUUGUUUUUAUUACUCAAAAAAAAAGCACACAAAGAAAAUGAUGAUGAACAAAGUUGUAUUGGGAUCGAUUCUGUUUUUCAUGUUGGUCAGUUCGGUUCUUGUGGUGGAGGCUCGUCCUUUGGGUUUAACCAAGGCUGAAGAGAAGCUCGUGGCUAAGUUCUUUGAUGGUUUGUCACUUGGGGCGAUCAAGGGCUCGGGUCCUAGCUCUGGUGGUGAGGGUCAUCAUUUUGUCGACCGGAGUGAGACGCUUGGGUAUGGUAAACACUCCGGUCCCAGCACGAGCGGACCCGGCCACUAAUUUCGGACCCGGACCAGUUAAUCAGGCUGCUUAUAACAAAAAGACAUUGCGUGAAGUGACCUUAGUGCUAAUGUAGAGAUUUGUUUAAUGGGUCGGUCUAUGGUGGCUAAA